AUGACAAGAAAGUCGAUGAGUUCCCUCCACAGGGUACCAUCCGCUGGUGGAGUUGAACAUGGUUAUCCGCAGGGUCACCUGGGCCACUUGACCGCCACUGAGGAGCAGGCCCUCAAGGACUUCAAGGUCCUCCUCGAGGAGAAGAACCUCUGGACACCCGGCCCGCCACCGUCCCACGACGACCCGACUUUGCUCCGAUACCUCCGCGCGCGGAAAUGGGUGCCCCAAGACGCAUACGUUCAGUUCAACGACACGGAGGUGUUCCGCAAGGCGAACGACAUUGGAGUGCUCUACGAUACCAUGGAUAUUGAUGCGUACGAAGCCUCCAAAAAGCUUUAUCCGAGAUUCACCGGGCGCCGGGAUCGCCGGGGCAUUCCCAUCUACAUAUACCAAGUGCGACACCUUGACUCUUCGACCGUGGCCAAGUACGAGAAGUCGGCAGACACCACCUACAGCCAGGCUAAGACGGAUGGCAAGACACCCGGGAAACUACUUCGGCUAUUUACCCUGUACGAGAACCUGACUCGGUUCGUGCAGCCGCUGUCGUCCGAGUGCACCGACCGAGAGAGCGCAGAGACCCCCAUCACGCUCAGCACGAACGUUGUCGAUAUUUCUGGUGUGAGCUUGCGACAGUUCUGGAACCUCAAGGGCCAUAUGCAGGCUGCCAGCCAACUGGCUACAUCUCACUACCCGGAGACCCUUGACCGAAUCUUCAUCAUUGGCGCUCCUGUUUUCUUCUCGACCGUGUGGGGCUGGAUCAAGCGGUGGUUCGACCCCGUGACAGUGUCCAAGAUCUUCAUUCUUGGUCCGGCAGACGUAUUGCCCGUUCUGACCAGUUUCAUCGACAUUAGGAACAUCCCCAAAGCCUACGGCGGCGAACUGGAGUGGGACUUCUACGACGAGCCCAGAUGGGACGACCCCGAGUACCAACGUAUCAUAACCUUCCAGAACGGCUACACGUCCAUCCCCGAGGGACCAAUGUACGUGCGGCCUCGUGAGGAUGGCACUACCCUGGAGCUCGUUGCCGUCGGCAGCAAGGACCAGAAGCACCGUGACGAGGUGUUUGCCACGAUCCCCAAGGCUUUCCCAGCCAAGAAGGAAGCUGCUAGCACCGCAACUGAAGCCACUGCCGUCGAGUCAAAGACCGAGGACGCCGAGACCGUCGCCGCUGAGACCAAGGUCGAUAUUGCUGUAGCGCCCGCCGGCGCAGAUGUUCCUUUGACAGAGGAUAUCAACAAGCUUUCGGUCACCGACACUGCACAGACAGACGGCACCACCGAGGUUUCCGAAAAGAUCGCUAGCCAGCCUGUUGUCCCGAAAGAGACAACGGUACCUUCGUAA